AUGGCAACUUACGAUGAUGCACCCAUUGGCCGCUACCUCAAUGACUCCGAAGAUCCUUUCGCAGGUCUCCUCUCAAGUAAGCAUCGUCUUCCCCGACAAUUCGCAAAUGAAGCGUACGAUGCCUCAACAUGCUCAACUAUCAGCCAAGAUUCCACAUCAACCGUAUCGCCCUAUAGCGAGAACGACGAAAGUGUUUUUAGCAUGCAGUCUCGAGGGUCAUACACAACAGCUACCAGUCGACAAUCCAUUCAAUCCAAUCCUGUAGCUGGAUGGAACCUCCCAAUACCUCAAAUCUCCCAAAUCAACACUACCAUCGUCCUUCCAUGCGAAUUCAUAUCGAUAGAUUGUGGAGUAACAUUCCGUCCAGAUGAUUUCGAAAACUGGCUUGCGCAUAGUCUAACGCAUUUCAAACACCUUGCUCCUCCAUCGAGAUGCUUGUGCCUUUUCUGUGAUGAGGAAUUCGAAGACACCAACGAUUCGCAUAGUAAUUGGCGGGAUAGAAUGAUGCAUAGUCGUGAUCAUUUCCUUGAUGGAAAAACAAACAUUCGGCCAGACUUCCUAGUAAUAGAAUAUUUGCGGAGGAAUAAUCUGAUGGAUAAAGCGGAUUACAUUUUGGCUGUACAAUAUACCGAACGUCCAUCAGUACCGAGUCUCGUACGGAAAGGAUUUGAGACGCCUGAAUCAAUACUCAAGCGGGAUAGAGAGUCCAAAGUUCCAUGCGAUCUGCAGAAGGAAGAGCGAUAUCGCAAACGUUCGCGUCAUGCACACAAAGGGACAGAAAGACAGAGCUCAACUUUUCCAAGGAAGCAUAUGCCAGUAGCGAUCGAGCAUUCAGAAUACACUCGAAUUCUCUAG